AAUGGACCAACAAGGAAAGGGUUCUCAUUUUCUCCUCAAGAGGCAUCAACUUCAGAACAAGACACUUGAUGCAAGACCUAAGGGCCAUGAUGCCUCACUCAAAAGCAGAUACGAAAAUGGACAGAAAGGACAAGUUGUUUGUUGUAAAUGAGGUGUGUGAAAUCAAAAACUGCAACAAAUGCCUCUUUUUUGAGGCCAAGAAGAAGCAGGACCUCUACAUGUGGAUUUCAAACAGCCCUCAUGGACCUUCUGCAAAGUUUCUAGUUCAAAACAUUCAUACACUGGCUGAACUCAAGAUGACAGGAAACUGCCUUAAAGGAUCCAGACCGCUGCUCUCGUUCGAUCCUAAAUUUGACAUGGAGCCCCACUAUGCUUUACUGAAGGAGCUCUUCACCCAGACAUUUUCCACUCCACGCUACCACCCUAAGAGUCAGCCUUUUGUGGACCACGUCUUCACAUUCACCAUUGCAGACAACAGGAUAUGGUUUAGAAACUACCAGAUCAUUGAGGAAGAUGCCUCUCUAGUGGAGAUCGGCCCCCGCUUUGUUCUCAACCUCAUCAAGGUCUUUCAAGGGAGCUUUGGAGGGCCUACGCUCUAUGAAAACCCAGACUUCAAGUCUCCUAACAUGCACCGGCGAGAAAUUCGACUGGCGGCAGCAGCCAGAGUGCGUGAGAAACAGAUGGUGAAGGAGAUGCAGAAAAUGAAGAGGACUGAAGCGAAGGAGGACUUGGCCAGGGAUGUCACAGCCGACGUCUUCCUAACCCCAGCUGAUGAGAAGCCUGUUCACAUCCAGACAGAAGCACCUGAGCCAAAAAUGGUGAAGAAGAACAAACACAAAGCUUUCAAAAGACAAAGGAUGGCCCGCAGGUAACUGGAUGGACUGAAUAAAGCUGAGUGAACUACUGGUAUGGUUUGUCUCAAGAAAAAGUGGUAAAACAACAGUGCAGUCAGUUUUUUGUUGGAUUGUAAAGACUGUGCAACAUGUCAUCAUUUAAUUAUCACAUAUUUGAAAGUUCUAGAGAAAAUCUUAAAUAUGGACAGGUUGUGUUUAAUGUCAGUUUGUGGUUUCACACGAUAUAUAUUUUGCUCCCUCCUUCAGGAGGACUGUGCAGAUUGUAGCUGGCCAUAAAGGUCUCUGCUUUUACAAUACGGCCAACAAUUUGCCCGUCUUUUUUGAUAAAAGUAAAUAUUCAAUAAGUGUAAGAAAAACCUUGUUUAUUGCUUUUAAGUGGCUACAGUUGUUUUCUAUGUCAUUGAAAUAAAAUAUAAUCAAAACUG